CAACUUACAACGUAUAUUUUCCAAAUAAUACUACUGCAAAAAAUUUGUCAGCACAAAAAACUUACUAAAAAAGAAGAAGAUUGCGCCAAAAGUUUUAAAUCUUUUCUUCUAAAUAUUGCACAAUGCUCUACAUUCCCAGUUUCUAUUAAACAUUUUUGAAGAAGUACAUUUAUCUGAGUGUUAAUGUUACAAUUGCAAUUCCGUUUUGCCAUAUUUGUUUACGGUAACGAAGUAACAGAUUGACGUAUAAGUGUUUACAUUUAGUGCUUACCUAAUACUCACUUAAUUUUUUCUUUUUCAAAACAGUUAAGGAAAUGAAUCUUGAACAUUCAGAUGUUAUCAAUACACUGACUAAACAUUUUGAGGAGGAAAGAAGGCUACAAAAUGAACUAGAUAAAAUGCUGUCAACAGAACUUAUGUUGAAAAAAAGUAAAUCAGAAUUACUACUUCAGAAAUGGCAUGAAGAUGUCUAUAUCCCUCUUAUAACCAAAAUCAAUAAAGAAAUGAAUACUUGUGCCAAACAUAUACAUGAUUUCCGAAGAACGCAUCACUCCAAAUACCUAAAGCAUACAAAUAAGAAAGGUGGGCAUGUGUUUUUAGACAUUUAUGAAAAGUCAGAAUAUGAUCCUAUGAUGACAAUAAUAAACAAAGUUAACCACCUAAAGGUAGUCACAAACUGGAAAAAUGAUCCACUGUUACUUCAAAUCCUUUCUUCUAUUGAAGACAAUAGUUUCUUAAAAUCGUAUGAUACAGGUAAAAUUUGUAAUAAACACGUUAAAUUUCCUUAUUUUCCGCCACUGCCACUUUUGCCUUUGAGUCGAUCUGGAAUUAGUUGUAAGUCUUGGCUUGACAUGGAGUUGCAAGAUAUUCAAAGUGCUGUGAGAAAGAAAAGCCAUACCGCUAUUUUCAUGCUCAGAGCUGCAAAGAUAAACUUAAAAAUGUUUGGAGUUUGCUUUAUGCCUGGAAAUGUACUGGAUCCCUAACUGCAGGUAAGGUCAGCAUUUGUUCCUUCAAAGGACGUAUGAAUAGUUUAAAUUGAAAAAAAAAACAUCAGGUGUUUGCUAAAGUACAGGGUGACAAAUAAGUUCACAUAACACUGUUCAUUGCGGCUCUGUAAGCUGGUCAGUCAUUUGCAUUUAUUAUUAAAUUUAUUAAUGCGUUUAUUAUCUCUGAUUUUCUCUUAUUGUUUAUUACGAUAAAAAUUUAUUGAAUUAUGUUAUAUUUCCAAAGAUUAUGAUAUGUUGGUAUUAUUUAAUUGCAUAAUGUUAAAGAACGUUAUUGUAGCAGAGUCUAACAGCUUCACAUUUCAUCAUCCCGAGGCAUUGAGUCUAUACAAAUGUAAAAUUUAGUUUCCUUAAUAAUAAGAAGAAAAAAAAAGCUGCAGUGUUUUUCGAGUUGCUGACAAUGCCCACAAAAAGAUUCUGUUUACCAACGAAUCGCUCUUAACUACUCAAGAACUUUACAACCAGCAUUGCAAUAGAAUCAUGGCACCCAAUGAUCAAGCUGCAAAUUCUAGUCAUAUUGUUACUCAACAUGCUUAUCCAUUCAUCAUCCAUUCUGACAUCAAACAUAAAGAUCAACAAGAACGUUUAAGUCCUCAAGCCGCUGCGUAAUGAGUCGGUCCCAGCAAUGUUUUCUAGCGGGUUGUGGACCCUAAAAAAGAACUCACCACCAGCACAAAACGAAACUGACAGAGGACUUCUGUCUUGACAAUUUCCCUGAUUUAAUUGCCAUUAACAAUUGGACUCCAAAUAGCCUUGACCUCGCGCACUAGGCUAUAACAGCUACGAGUCCUUAAUAUAAGGGAGGUGGUAAUUUUACCCCAGAUUUAAUAUAAGGGGGAAGGGGCAAUUUUUUUAUGAUACAAUAUAAGUUUUUUUUUUUUUUUUUAAUUUUAGUUUAUAAAUCCAAACUAAUAUUUUUUACAAAACACUCAUAAAACUAUUUAAAUUUAGCGUAGCUUGCGGUUAAAUGCGCAUUUUCUAACAGCGGUUUUAUAAUAAUUUUAAUAGGAUUUAAUAAGUUUUAUACUUUGGAGAGAAAUAAAUUAAAAGUUCAUUUUCGAUAAAUCGGGAUUUACUUGGUUGGUGAUUUUUAAAGCCUGUUAACACUGAAAAAUUUUGUUUUUAUUAGUGACUGAUA